AUGUACAGUGACGAUGAUGAAAUUGUUGGUGACGGUGACGAUGAUGGAGCUAAUACUUCACGCAAAGACAAGAGUGAUGAUAUUAGUGUUGAACACAAGGAUCUUGUUCUUGACAUCUCUCAUCCAUUAGAGUCUCUGACACUAUCCAAACAAUAUCAAUCUAUUACUGAUCUCGAAGAAAUUUUACGUUUCACACCUUCUUUAACCCAUCUUAAAAUAAUUGGUUUUCGAAGUUUCGAUAGCUUUUUAUCGGAAAGCACUAUGUUAGAAAUACUGAUUCAUCGUUAUCUACCGUUAUUGAAUCGUUUUGAUAUACUUAUGCAUGGUGACAUCGAAACUGAAAAUUUUUCUCCCGAUUCUCUUAUGGGUUCAUUUCAAACACUGUUCUGGACCGAAGAGAAACAGUGGGUGUUCAACUGUAAAUUAGAUUCUCCCUAUCGCUAUGCAUUAUAUUCAAUGUCGAUGCGAACCCAAUCUCAGCCUCAAUUAUUUGAGAUGGAUUAUUAUUCACAUGAUGACUUUGACAAGUUAAAUAUCGGCAGAAAAGAUAUGAACGCAUAA